AUGUCGUCAAAUCAAUUCACUGUGGCGUCGCCGCCCACAGACGCCAUCUCCGCACUGCAGUUCUCGCCAGACCCCGACUCGACGCGGAUCGUCGUUUCGUCAUGGGACAAGAAUGUAUACCUAUACGAUCUCCGAGACGAGAACGGCGUUGUGGGCGAGGGCAAGCUGCUGCAGAAGUUUGAGCACCGCGCCCCGGUGCUGGAUGUAUGUUUCGGCGAGAAUGAAAACGAGAUCUAUACGGCAGGCUUGGAUUGGGAUGUGCGCAAGAUUGAUCUCAACACCUCGACUCAGACCGUCAUGAGCAGCCACGAAGCCGGCGUGCGUAACGUCGUUUACAGUCGCGAACACAGCAUCAUUAUCUCCGGCUCGUGGGACUCGACCCUUCACGUGCACCGCCCCGACGCCGGCACAAACACCCAAUCCAUUCCGGCCAUCAUCUCACUGCCCUCCAAACCCUUCUCCCUGUCUCUCACUGCCACUAAGUUGGUCGUGGCCAUGGCGUCGCGCGCACUGCACAUCUACGAUCUCAAGGCGCUCGCCCAGCUGACUGCGCAGGCGAACAGUGAGACCACCAAUGGAGGCAGAGUCGAGAUUGAACCGUGGCAACGGCGGGAGAGCAGCUUGAAGUUUAUGACGCGGGCUGUCGCAUGUAUGCCCGAUGACGCUGGGUACGCUUCGUCUAGCAUUGAGGGCCGUGUUGCGGUCGAGUGGUUUGACCCGUCUCCCGAGUCCCAGGCUCGGAAGUACGCUUUCAAGUGCCACCGUCAGACAGCCGAGGAUGGUGUCGACGUUGUCUACCCAGUCAAUGCGCUCGCGUUCCACCCCAUCCAUGGCACAUUUGCUUCUGGUGGCGGCGACGGCGUUGUUGCGCUAUGGGACGGAAUCUCCAAACGCCGCAUUCGCCAGUACCAGAAGUACCCCUCGAGCGUGGCUGCUCUUGGGUUCAGUGGUAAUGGGAAGUACCUGGCGAUUGCGAUCAGCCCUGGCUUUGAGGACGGCAAGGACGAUGUGCCGGAGGGCGUGGUUAAGAUUGUCGUGAAGGAGCUGGGCGAGACGGAAGCCAAGGGCAAAGGCGCAAAAUAG